AUGGAGCCCUAUGUGGUGCCUGCUGAGGACCGCGAUACUUUAGACCGUCGGCUGAAUGCUUUCCGUAAGCAUAAGCCACCUUCUUUUGACUGGUCACUGGAUCCCAUUGCUGCUGCUAGAUGGUUGCAGGCAUUGGAGAAGAUAUUUCGGGACAUGCAGUGUUCGGACCCGCAGAAGCUGAUGUUCUCCACUAACAUGCUGGAGGGAGAUGCACACGAGUGGUGGAUGAACACCUCUCAGGCUUAUGAGCUGCAGGGUCAUAUCAUAACGUGGCCAUUCUUCGAGGACUGCUUCUUAGGCAGAUAUUUCCCCUAUGAUGCACAGGAAAGGAAGCAGGGGGUAUUUGAUAGAUUGGUUCAGGGCUUGAUGUCUAUUGACGAGUACCUGGCCAAGUUUAAUGAGCUGGUGAAGUUUACAUACUUUCAUAUGGUUGUGCCCACUCUGACCUUUUUGGCUGCUAAGUUCUGCAGGGGACAUAGUGAGGUGAUUGCUGAGCAUGUUGCUGGAGCUGCAUCGAGGGACUUCGGCAACAACCGUCCUCCGUCGACUUCUGACAUGUCCUCCGGUGCUUCUUCAAUGGAGGAUACAGCAAGCCCCUACUCCCUGCAGAGCAGUGAUCACCCUGGUCUUGUCCUUGUGACCCAUACCCUUGAUGGUACCAAUUACAGCUCCUGGAACCGAGCUAUGCUUUUGGCUCUCACUGCCAAAAACAAAUCAGCUUUCAUAGACGGAUCUCUUCCCCGUCCUUCCAAUUCCGAUCUCCUAUUUCCAGCAUAG